AACAUAUUUUUAUCUGAAUAGCACGAAUAGUAAUUUAUUUUAACAUAGGUACUUACAAUUUCUCGUGUCUGAUACAAAAAAGACAGUGAUAAUAACUAGAGCUGUAAGAUCGCCUUGUUGAAACGGGUGGACCAAUAUUGGAUCAACGACACAUCACAUGAAAUUUUUGGAUCAUUUUCUUAGAUAAAAUUAAUCUAAGACAUAAUGGAGAAAGUUGAGGUUGACCCUAAACUGUUUGUAACUUGCCGACUAUGCUUGGAUGACAUGGGAAUAUAUCAAAUUAUUCCCAAUAUACAACAUCGGAUAAAAUAUUGCUUUGAUAUCGAAGUUGCUCCAUUUGAUGGUCUUCCACAGCUUAUAUGUAAAAAAUGUGAUUCAAAAUUAAAUGAAUACUUUACAAUAAAGACCGCUUAUGUGGCGAAGCAAGAAAUUUUGAUCAAAAGUUUACAAAACAAAAGUUUUAAAUCUGAUAUAUCCAUGUUACCCAAAAUAGCGGCAUUCGUAACUUCUCAAGUACUUGCAGGCCCAACAGAGAAGGAAACAGAUACUGUACUGGAUAAAGAGAAAACCUUAAUUGCUGAGACAGAAUGCACAAAGGAUAAUAGUCCACCAACAAAUCACCAAAAGACAUCAAGAAGAAAACGGAUAAGAAUAGAAUCAUCAUCUUCAGCCUCAUCAGAAAGCAAAGAUAGCGACCGGACGAAAGUGGAACCUCUGAUAAUUAGGAAAAAAAAGAGUGAUAGAGGACACAAAUGGCAUAGUAUUAACUAUAAUAGAUGCUUUUCUUGUAGAAUGUGCAGCAAGACAUACAUUAAAAAAAAUGCAUUGCUGAAACAUUAUUCCAAUAUUCACUCAAUGUGUUUUAAAAAAUAUAAAUCAAUUUUGAGCUCUUUAUGUACAGUAAAAAUGAAGAAGGUUGAUAGUAAACCAAAUUUCACAGGUGUAAACAAUGCAGUUGUUUUAAGUAAGGAUAAAGUGAUGAUAAAUGAUGAGAGCAGCAAAUAUUACAUAUUGUAUACUUUAAAAAGUCAAAACAUCUCCAAUGAUUUCCAGCCAAAAAAGAUUGCCAUUCAAUCUUCAGAUUCCUCAGAUAGCGCACAGUAUUCGGUGUCUAAAAAGAAACGAAGGAAAAGAAGCCGAUUGCUUUCUAGUGAUACUGUAGUUAUAGAAAAGAAACAAGAUGAAAACAUGUCAUCGGGAGCGGAGGACCACGUAAAUAAUAGACUGAUCAAUAAUGAAAUUACUGAAUGUAUUAGCUUAGAUUCGGAUUCCGAAUCCGAGCCUAUUUCGGGAAAUAAAACCAUAGAUGGUAUUAAUGAAGACAAUGAAAAUAAAUUGAUAAGGAAUGUUAUUGAGGUCUGUCAUAAUAAAUAUGUAAGAAAUAUUGCUAUUGAAAAAAACAAAAGGCCAAAUUAUGUUCACUUAGAAUCACAGCUCAUGCAUAAAGUUUUAAAUUUGGGAAGAAAGAUAGUUAAUAAACAAGGUCUAAAUUGUACUGGUUUGCUACGAUUUUUAGAGCAUAGAAAUCUCGGAAUAGUAUGGGUACCAAAAACAUGUCAUUCUUUUAAUGGUCCUCCUGUCAGAAUAAGUAUGACUACAAUUAAAAAUGAUCAUCAGAGGCCCGAAGAUGACCUGGGAUGGACGGAUGUUCCAUAUUCUGUUAACUCAUUUAGAAAUGAAACAAGUUGCUUGAAAGAAAAUAACAGAAAUGAAGCAUGCGCUACCUCGAAAUUUAGCAAUGCAAACGCGAAUUUAAACAUUGCGAAUGAUAACUUUGUUAAUGUUUCCCACGAACAAAUAAAUCCUUGGCAAUCUGUGCCAGAUCAGGCAUGUCUAUAUAAAUAUGAGGAUGUAAAUUCUACUGGCAAACUUCUUAAUGAAAAUCCUGUUGCAAACCCUAAACAACUUCCCAAAAAGAAUGUACAUUACGAGACGAAACCAAAUAAAAGUGUUCUAGAUAAAGAUAUGGAACUCCGUAUGGAGUCUGAAAUGAAUCAAACGUUGUUGUUUUCGGAACCCUCGCAAACAGCUAAUGAUUUAACUGGUAUGCCAAUCAUUACUUCUACGACAUCACUAGCUUCAGACUAUAAUAAAACUGAAAAUACAAAUCAGAGAAGCAAUUCUGAAACAGUAAAUGAAGACUCAACUAAUUCUAAUUUAUCUGUACCUAGAAUAAAAGUGAAGCCAGUAUCAGAACUAAUGCCUGAAAACGUUUCAACUCCAAAUAGUCUACUUCUUAAUCAAAGUAAUAUAUGUACUUUUGAUAAACGUUUACCAAACGUGACUCCACUUAUACCACAAAUUCCAUAUCAACCUGUAUCAGUUAUAAAAAUGCCCGUUUCAGCUAUAAAUAACACUUUACCAGAAGGGCAAAAAAACAAUUCAGACUAUUUUAUUUUGAAUACACCUGAAAUGCCAAAUACAAAGACUAAUUCACCUUUCAAAUAUGUGAAAGCCUUACUUGGAAUUCAUAACAUUCAUUUGGUGGAAAAUAUUAACACGAAUGAUUUUCAUUGUCUAAUUAAGUUUAAGGUGCUUUUUAAACAAGAGGCUGUAAAACCUAUUGUUUUAUGUUUGUCAUUGCAUUGUGAUAGAAAUGUAUUCUUUAUAGGUAUUAGAGAUAGCACUAAUAUAAACAUCAAUAUGCAAGAUCUGUCGGCCAACUGGCAGUGGGAGAUAAUAAAGAUUUUUCAAGGUGAUGUUUGUAAUAAGAUUAAUCAAACUGUACUUAAAAUGGGCUUGGGGAUGCAUGAACAUUCUAAAAAGUUUUUAUGUCUUAUAAAGUCUAUUCAAAUGAAUAAAAUAGAAGUUUGAUAGGAAUAUGUUUCGACAAUAAUAUUUUUUUUACCUGUUACAAAAUUACUCUUGGUUGAACGGCGAUCAACAAAUUGUUUAUCACAGAUCAAAAAUAUAGCAGUAAGAAACUGCUAGAUUAUGGAAAAAUAUAUUUUUAUCACAACUUUUUCCAUCAUGAGGCAAAGUACGAUACUUUUUUAUUAUUUUUUGUCGGAAUUCUAAUGUUGAGUUUAUUGAUUUGUAAAUAAGCAUUUUUCUAGUUAGAAUAAAUCAUAAAUAUUUCCUAUUGCCACUUACAGUGGCUAACAAUGUUGUUAACUUUUCGCAGUUAUGUGUAUUUUUAGGUAUAUUAUCUAUUAAAUAUAUAACAUUUUCAUUACUA